CAUAGAGAUAGUAAGCGUAUUCUUAAUGUCUCUGUUUGGUUUUCUCCUAGGCUUACCUACCAAUGGCCAACCAAGAGAUCGUAGCACUUGUGGUGGACAAUAGCACCAGAAACUGCAGAGCAGGAGUUGCUGGAGAGGACCUGCCCAGAAUAGUACUUCCUCCCAUCAUAGGGAGGCCCAAGCUGCAGAGUGUGGCGGAAGACACCAACAGAAAGGCCUACUAUGUAGGAAGCGAUGCUCAGAGCAGGAGAGACCUCUUGACCUUGAGGCACCCCAUUGAAAAUGGCUUUGUUGUGAACUGGGAUGACAUGGAGAAGAUUUGGCACCAUGUCUUCUACAACGAGUUGCAGGUGGGCCCGGAGGAUCAUCCAGUCUUACUGUCCGAGCGUCCCGUGGACAGUGGAAGGAACCGGGAGAAGAUGGCCCAGAUCAUGUUCGAGAGCUUCAACGUGUCAGCCUUCUACUUGGCCAUCCAAGCCGUCCUCUCCCUCUAUGCUUCCGGCCGCACCACUGGAGUAGUUCUGGAUAUAAAGAACGACCGGAUGGAUCCUGUCCCCGUCUACGAAGGCCAUGCUGUCUCCCAUGCUCUCUUCCGCAUGGAUCUGGGUGGCGAAGACCUGACCAACUUCCUUCUGCAGAUGCUGAAUCAAAGAGGCUACCACAUCAAACCAGAAGAGAGGGAGAUUGUGGAGGACAUCAAGGAGAAGUUUUGCUACGUGGCCCCGGACUAUCAGAAAGAAAUGGCCACCGCUACACCCUCUUCUUUAGAGAAACACUAUGAGCUACCCGACGGGCAAGUGAUCACCAUUGACACCGAGCGUUUCAGGUGCCCAGAAGGCCUCUUCAACGCCGCAUAUCUGGGUAAAGAAUGUUGUGACAUCCACGAGACUGUCUUUAAUGCUGUAAUGAAGUGUGACCGGGAUCUCCGCAGCACAAUGUUUAAAAAUAUCGUGCUGGCAGGCGGCACCUCCAUGUUCCCUGGCUUUGCCGAAAGGUUGCAGCCCGAGGUGGUGGCACUGGCUCUCCCAAAUACAGAGGUCAACAUCGUUGCCCCCCCAAAUCGCACGUGCUCAGCGUGGGUUGGGGGCUCCCUCUUAGCUUCCCUUCCUCACUUUCAGGAUAUGUGCAUCAGCAAACAGGAGUAUGAGGAAUUUGGCCCGGCUCUUGUACACAAAAUACAAGGGGUUGAG